GCGGCUGCGAUGCUAGAGUGGCUUCGUGUAGGCGUUCCAACGGCUGAUCAGGACCCUGGUCCUCCAGUUGUGAUGGUCGACAUCAACAACGUCUCGUCGUAUUACCUUAAUCGACCUUUUGCAGACCUCGCACCCGGAAAACCGGCUUCGAUCACCCUUGAAAAAUCGCGACGGGGGCCGACGAUAAAAGUGAUCACUUCGAGUGCAGACCGCAGGUCGGAAGUUGUGGUGUCCAACCUGCAGCCUGCAAGGCGGUACUCGGUGUCGGUGCGCGCAGGCAACUCGCAAGGUGUCGGUCCUGCUGCUCCAGAAGUUUCUUUCACCACCGAUGAAGAUUCUCCUUCAGGACCUCCUGUAGAGGUUGUGUGUCGUGGUGUGACGUCCUCCACAAUCGUGGUGUCGUGGUCGCCUCCUGACGAAGACGUGACGAACGGUAUCAUCGUCAACUACAGGGUUGCGUACCAGCGACUCUUGGGCUCUGGUACGUUGCACAAUUGGGUCCCUGUGCUGUGCUUCACCGCCCCACCGCCCGCGUCUCCACCAUCCCUGGUAUCUGUGAUACCACUGGACCGUGGCAAGGCAGGAGUGCUGUGGCGUUCAGAGGGGUCCAUGAGAGGCAGGACAUCAUAUCAUCGCGUGUCGUGGAUUGCCGCAACAUCUGAACAAGAAUAUCCGGCAGGUCUAUCAGUCAACACUACGGCAGACUAUGCCACACUCGAGGAUCUGCCAGACUUUGCCAUUAAGGUGUGGGUAACUGCGAUGAUGUCCACGGGAGAAACCCUGCCCAGCCCCAAGGUUCUAUACUCUCCUCGCGACCAAGAGAUCAGUGGCACUGAGAUAUGGUCUGUGGGGCAGAGUGUGACUGUAGAUGAAGGAGAGACGGUGCGGUUGCCCUGCCUGGUGCGUGGUGAACAACUCAACCCAAUUCGUGUAUGGACUUGCGACGGGGAUCCUGUGCAAGAGAACCAAGGCACGGCAAUUUUGGCGAACGGAAAUUUGUACAUUUCUUCUGCACGACAACGCCACAGUGGAAGUUACGACUGCACUUUGCCUUCUGCUGCUUCAGGCAAAAGCGUUACGUACACGCUCAAAGUUUUAGGUGUUCCAUCUGCACCGAGGUUGCAGGUGAUCAGGACGACCAAUACCAGCGCGUUGCUGCACUGGACAUCACCACCUCGGCACGACGAUGUACCUCCUCUCUGCUACACCCUGCGACAUGUGUUGCUGCGAAGUAGCGAAGGAAGUCUAGAGCUGACGGGGGUAACUAAAGAAGAGCACAACGAGCUUUCAGGAGUUGCUGGGCUGAACGAUGAAGAAGGAGCGACUCUGGUCACAGGCACACAACUCCUGCUGGAGGACUUACUCUGUGGCUCAAAUUAUUCCUUCACUGUCACCGCCCAUAACUCUUACGGAUCCAGCCCGCCAUCGCUCCCUGUGGACAUUUCCACUAAAGGAUCCCCUCCUACGAUGCCAGCAAACUCUCGCAACUACAAAAUGUACCAUGGGAACUUGGAAGCUUGGACUUCACAAAACUCAGACGCAAUAUUCCUGAUGAACAGCACACAUGUAUUUGUUCACAUAAACUCUUGGCAUCACACCGACUGCAAAAUAAUGUAUUUCAGCGUGCAUUACAAGCAAGAAACAGCAGCGCAUUGGACAACUUUGGCCAGUGCAGUAGCUCAACAAAGGGUGCUCGGGAUCACUGGUUUUGUCGCCGGUGCUGCGUACUCGGUUAAAGUUACUUUAAAAAACAAUGCAGAUAGCACAACAGUGAUUGAGGCUUUUCCACCUUCAUCUAUUCCAGCUUUCAAUGAUGACGGUCGAUUUAUGCACGGUGACGUCGGCAAUGUCAAAGCGAACGGUAACACGAACAACGAUAUCAUAAUCAGCAGUGAUCAGCUGACUUCUCCUUGGUUGGUGGACCACUCAACUCUGUCGGUGAUCAUCAGUCUCAGCGCUUCUCUCCUCAUUCUCGUCUCAGCCGGCCUGUGCUUCUUUUCCAGACGCCCGAUAAACGUCACCGUUGAUCAGAACGUCGAUGUCGGACGUUACAGUCGUGACGUAAAAACCAUCGAAAAGAGCCCUGUGUUGGACGACAAUAAAUUCCAGUCGCAACGUUUGGCCGAUCCGCAUUGUGCUGGCCCUGAAGAUCUGUCCACACAGAACUUCAUGGUGCGUGAGCUCGCAUUUCCGGAGUCGAAUUUCUACGCAAGCGAGAGUGAUUUGAACCCUCAUUCUUAUGGUGCGUAUGGCAAUGGAGUUGUACGUGAGGCGAGCCUCAUUCCUCACAUGGAGCUGCCUCCAGGGUUCGAUCUUCCGCCUGAGAGCGAAAUAAUCCAUGAACACCCCGAAACAUCGUCUCCCAUAUACAGAGAGGUUGACGACAAUUUUCCUUCGCCUGAAAAUUACGAAGUUACAAAUGCAAACGCCCGCUCCAGAAGUGUCUUCAUGCCUACAGAGGCUAAGGAAGAAAGCGAUCGUGCCGGAAAAUAUUCUCAAGAAGAAAAUACUAGAAAAACGAAAAAGAGGAAGCACCUUCAUGCAAGAUCAUAUGGACAAGCUCUAAUUUUGGAUCCCGUUUCGCACAAACAAGUAUUGCAGAAAUGCAACAUCUACAACGCAUCCACUGACCACUAUGUGUAGAAUAUUUUAUUAGUGCUUUUUUAUUUGCUGUUGUGAUUUUUUUAGUUUAUUUACAGAAUUUAUAUCCUGUUGAUAGUGUGAGCAGUGAAUCGUGAGCAAAAAAAUGUUUAAUAAUC